AUGAAGUCAAACUUCCUCCUCGUGCUCCUCGGCAUGGCUCUUGCUGCUGUCGCUGCUCCUACCAGCAAAGACGGUGGUGUUGGUAAGGGCAGCGGUCUUGGCGGCGGUGGUGGUGACGGCUCUGGCCUAGGCGGCGGCGGUGGCGGCGGUGGUUCCAUCGGCGGGGGUUUCGGGGGUGGCUUUGGGGGCGGCUUUGGCGCUGGUUCUGGGGCUGGCAUUGGUGCUGGGGCUGGGGAGGGUAAGGGUGAAGGCUGGUAG